UUCGGGCUUGUGGCGCUUUCUUUUUUGUUCGUUGUCAUAUGGAUCCUGGUCCUAUGGAUGUUUAACUAUAUCGAAUACUCCAAGUAUGUAGCUAUCUUUGGGCCAACAAAAUCGAUUGCAGCUAUGUUUGAAGUUCCCACGCAGCUUAUGCCUGUUCCCUGCCAUUGUGCCCCAGAGUGUCGGGAUGAGAGAAAGGAGCUUGAAAAAUAUCGGUUGCGUUUCAUUUUUGUGCUGGGGAAUUUGCGUGGAUGGAUGGGUUUUGCUGUUGGGCAUAAAUACAUGGAACAGAUGAUGAUUUGAUCAGGCAGAAAUGCAGGGCCCAUUUUGAUUCUUUCUCCGCUCUAUAGGUGGAUGGACGAAUCAUAAUUAAAAGGAUAAAAAGUGUGAUUUAUUUUAUUCCUGCUGAUUGAGCGAUGGGAUGGGCUUAGAAUAACUCAGAUCAAAAAUGCCGCCUCAUCUCAUCAUACUCCGUAUAGCGUAAAGGUUCAUCAAGCCAGCCGCCUCGUGGCCUGUUCUGUCUUUGGUCUGGAACGAUCACCAACCCAACCAGUGGCAACCACUAACCACCAUCACCAGUUAAAUAUUUAUUACAGGCAGAACCAACGCACUUCCAGCAACAGCAACCAACAAGAAACUACGACAAGGCCCGUCAUCAUCAAUGAUGUCCUCGAGCAUCCCCUCAUCCUCCCCCCGCCCAUCCAACCAGCUCCAACAACAACGACAACAAUGUCCCUCCCCCAACCUACCACCUCCCGCUUCACCCACCGCCAUCUAACCCUCCUCCGCGCCAGCUCCCCCCGCACGCCCCUCCGCAUAAUCGCCCACAUAGACCUCGACGCCUUCUACGCGCAAUGCGAGAUGGUCCGCCUCAACACGCCCCGCACCCAGCCCCUGGCCGUCCAGCAAUGGGAAUCGCUCAUCGCCGUCAACUACGCCGCCCGCGCCUUCAACAUCACCCGCAUGCUCACGGCCGCGGAAGCGCGCAAGCGCUGUCCGCAGCUCGUCACGCAGCAUGUCGCCACGUUCCGCGAGGGGGAGGGCGCGCAGUGGAAGUACAGAGAUGAUGCGGCGGAGUGUGUGGCGACGGAUAAGGUUUCGUUGGAGCCGUAUCGGGUGGAGAGUAGGCGGAUUCUGGAGGGUAUUAGGGCGGCUCUGGCUGCGUGGGCGGAGGGGGUUAUGCGGGAUGUAGGUGGUGGUGGUGGUGGCGGGGAGGGGAGGGGAGGUGGAGGGACAAAGAAUGAGCUGCAGCUGCAGCUGCAGCAGCUCGUUAGGGUUGAGAAAGCGGGGAUUGAUGAGGUGUUUGUGGAUUUAUCCGCGCUGGUGUAUGAGACACUGCUGGACAGGCAUCCUAUGCUGCGGGAGGGCGAGGUGGGGAGGGAUAUGAGUGAGAGGCUACCUAGGCCGCCCACUACGGUGCUGGAAUGGGGUAAAGAGGAUAUGUUGGUUGAUUUGGAUGCCGGGCAGGCAGAGGAGGAUGACCCCGAUUGGGAUGAUGUGUGCAUGCUUAUUGGCGCGGAUAUCGUCCGCUCCGUGCGCGCCACUAUCUGGGAGAGGCUGAAAUACACCUGCUCAGCUGGCAUUGCGCGGAAUAAGAUGAUGGCAAAGCUUGGCAGCGCGUGCAAUAAACCAAACAAGCAGACUAUUGUGCGCAACCGCGCGGUCCAGCAGUUCCUGGGCGGGUUCAAAUUUACACAAAUUCGGAUGCUGGGCGGGAAGCUGGGGAAGCAGGUUGCGGCCAUCUUUGGGACGGAUGAGGUUGGUGGGCUGUUACAUGUCCCCGUUGAGCAAUUAAGGCUGAAACUGGGUGAUGAUACGGGGACAUGGCUCUAUGAGCUUCUCAGGGGAUACGAGUACAGCGAAGUUAGUGUACGGACGCAGAUUAAAUCUAUGCUCUCCACCAAAUCCUUUCGGCCCGGUAUCCAGUCCUCGACGCAGGCAGAGAAGUGGCUGCGGAUUUUUGUCGCGGAUAUCUAUGGCAGACUGUUGGAGGAAGGGGUUCUGGAGAAUAAACGGCGACCGAAGGUUAUCACCAUACACCAUCGGACUGCUGGGCAGACGAGGUCUCGUCAAAUUCCGAUCCCGACGGGCAGGCCGAUAACCGACACUUUCCUGUUUGACCUGGCCAAAACCCUACUGGCACAGGUUGUUAAUGAGGGGAAUAUUUGGCCGUGCGCGAAUUUGUCAUUGAAUGUAAGCGGGUUUGAAGAUGGUGUUACGGGGAACCAGAGGCUGGAUUCCUUUUUCCUUCGUGGGACUGGGGACACGAAGGUGGCAUCGGCUCCCUCGCAGCAGCAGCAGCGAAAUUCUGAUACCCGGCAAGGAUACUUACCUGGCUCGGAGCCACAGAAGAGGAGAAAAGCGCCCCCCAACGAUAAUUACGAAGAUGGCCAUCCCAGGCAUGAUCACAGUGCCACAUCCCCCGGCCAUACAGUUGGCGAAGAAGACGAAGAAUCUCUCUUUCUACAAGACGACGAUAAUAAUAACCAUCAUCUUCCAGGUCCCGCAAACACCUCCCCAGCUCUCACAGACGAUGAUGAAAAUGCCCUCACCACACAACACGACGACUGGGCCUCCGUCAUGGGGAUACAGGAGCCAUCAUUCACAUGCCCCCGCUGCGCCAAAACUAUAGCGGAAUAUGACAGAAGCGAACAUGACGACUGGCAUUUCGCGAAGGAUUUAUAUACGCAGGAAAGAAGGGAGCAACGUCCUUCUAUUGUCUCUCCUCCUCGUCCUCCUCCUCGUCCUCGUCAACAGGGUGAUGGUUCACGGGGGAGAGGCCGUGGUGGUGGCCGUGGAAAAUUCGAUAAGCGACAGCGUCGACUGGCGUUUUGAGGGUGGUGUUCAUUCCUCCUUUCUUAUAAUUUAUGGUUUGUUUUGCUUUUCUUAUUCUUGGGAGAUCUUUUGAGGGAAUAUGGCAUGGAGAGAUGGAUAUCGGCUUUGGAGGUUCUGCGUCUCAAAUGGGAUAUUUUGCAGGUACUAAUAGGCGUUGUUGGGGGGAAGUAUUCGGGAUAAAAUGGCCUUGUCGGAUCUAUAUAAACUGCUUCGCAUAUGUUUUGACAUAAACUACUGUAUUCUGGAACCAUGGAUCGCAACAAUUUAGCAUUUCGGAUGCUACCAAACUUCAUUGUAUACGUUUUUCCUGUCUUAUCGACCAUUCUAAAGUUAAAAUGUAUAUUUGAUGACACUUUACUUAGACCAGAAUUAACCUAGACCGGGCUACCAUUAUCUCCCAAGUUUCAAUUUAAUAUUCGCUUUGACCGUG